UGACGGCCUUUUCCGAAAUUCUAUUGUACGUAGUCGUGUAUUCGUUCUUAUUCUAAUCAUGGCCAUUCGUCUGCUUCCAUUGAUUCUGCUUCGAAAUAAGGCUGAAGUAGAGUGUGCUUUUAUUGCGAGAGUGCGGCAACAGUGCGCCAGCCACGAGGCCACAAUGCAGUGAAAACGUCAACGUAAACGCAAGAUCCGCUCGUGCCUAUUCGAUCCCUGUGGCAGCCACCCGUCCCACCUUCGUGCGCCUAUCUCUACCUGUCGUCACCGUCACAUUUUAUGAGUGAGUGAGAGAAAGGGAAGCGAGAAAGAAGGAAAGGAAGAAAGCGUAGGCGAAACCCUCGUGAAGGUAAAGAGUUCAGCGGGGGCCGUCCGUCUAAGGUGAAUUGUGCUUCUUCUAUUAAAACAACUACUACCUCUUAUAGAGCGCUUACAUUAUAUACCACUAUUGUUAUAUCAGCAACUUCAACCACGAUUACAACUACUGUCUGAUCAAUACAUUUGUCCAGUCCGAUACGCGAAUAGAUCAGGAAACACAAUGGUAAUAAGCGUGUUUCCCCAAGUCAUAAACGAUGCUCCUUAAAUUGACGUGCUGCAAACUAGCUGAUGGUCGUCCGGGAUCGCUUUUUGAGUCCACACCAUGCAGCGCCUUCCCGUAAAGAUGGUGGUAUAUGUGUGUAUAGUGCCAAUAGUUGUGGCCUAGCGUCAGACACAUAGUGUGUAUGUGUGCGUGCGUGCGUGUAUGCUGCCUCGUGCAGGUGGUAGUGAUAUUUGCGGUAAAAGCACGUCGAUGUCAAUGGACCGACCGGUUUAGAGAGCAAGUCCUGUUGAACUACUAUCACCAAGGCCCUGAAUAACAAAAGUCCCGUCUCAUUCAUAUCUUCAUCAUUUGCCCACCCAUUCGCUAGUUGACUAGUUGCUUGGUUGAUUGCUCUCUUUCUCUUUCAGCCACUGUCACGUUUCUCACAUACAGACGCGUACGAAAAGCUGGCUUCUACCGAAGCUGGUAAACUCUCCACUUCCGCCGUUGGCUGUACUGGACUAGUCGGAAUGAAAGCUAGCAGUUGUGCCAUGCUAAAAGUAUCAUCAAUUAAUAGUCGGCUGCUAAAAAGCAAAACGGAAAUAAUCAGUACCACUAUAAUCUAGUUGUCGUUGUCAUCAUCAUCGCCGAAGCCAGCAACGACAACAUCAGCGUGGGCAUCAACGCAAAUGUUAAAGCCCUAUUUCUAUCUGCGGUGCAGUCUGUGCAAGCUGAGUGGGUGUCGACAAGCCGAAGUCCAAUGCAAAAUCGCGAUGAACGUUUUCAGCUUCAUAGAAACAAAGCGAGCUCUUCGUGUAUGGACUAUAUAGGCAUGAAACUGCCAUUUCAAACGCCAUCAUUUUUAUAACCCACAUGAAAUUCCAUCAACGGUCGUUUUAAUCGACGUUCCAGCCAUCGUCCUUCGUUCUUAUUUUGCUCGACUAUCUAAUAUCCACCACAUCAACAACAAUAACAAUAUCAAUGCUAACGAUAUACCGAGCAAGCAUUGUAUAACAACCAUAAUACGACACAUAAAAUUACCACCCAAGAAAUAACCUGCUACCGGUAGGCGCACACGACCUAUUACAAUCGCCGGCACAUUGUAACCGUCACGACAACAACGAUUGUUCUUCUUCUUCUAUGCCUUCAAGUUUCAGUAAAACUUCAUUAUCUUCUUUUUCGUUGCCCCAGUGGCAUACGUGCUCACGAAAAAGUGCAAGCAGCGACCAGGCUGUGUGUGGUUACACUCAAUAUCGUUGGCCGUUGUUGCUGCGAAACCGUACCAGCCUGUCGUUUUAGCCCCCGUACGACACAGACACAGGGCAACCCAUCUAUCAGCGUCAUCGUUACCAUAACAAUCGAGCAGCAGCAGUGACCAUCGCGGCCUUUGAGGCGCCGUUCACCAUCCAGUUCAAUCCAACGAAAAACGACAACGAGCAGAAAAAAAAGCGCACGUAGCACAAGGAAAGCCAGCAUGCGCGGCGAUUACCAGUGCCACCGAUACUUCUACAGUGACGAUUUUGACAACAAGAGCAGCAGCAGCAGCAGCAGCAAAAGCAACGGCAACGAGAAUUGUCCGUUAGCGGCAGCAGAAGCAGGUUCAUCAGCGCACCGUCCUGCCGACAUUGUUGUUGUUGUCGUUGUUGUUGUCUGCCAGCCUAUCGCCAUCAGCUAGUCGGUGUCCUUAGCAACUAUCGAUUCGGCCAGCGGCUUACCGACAGCGGCCGUUGCUACCUCGAGCCCGCCAAACGGAUUGACCAUCAGUGUCGCCGCUGGCGUACGCCACUGAAUCUCCACCAGCAGCACAGUGGAACUACCGGCAUGGGCCUGGUGACGCUGGAGGCGACGGCGCGGGGCGGCAUCCGAUGCCGGCCCCGUAAACGACUUCGCAGUCCUGUGAUCUAUUUGUUGAGCACCUUCCUCGUCGGCUCACUCUAUUCGCUGUUCCAUGGUAGUAUAACCGGUGGCACGGAUGGUAGCAAUAAUGCCGCCUCGAUGAUAUUUCGAUUUACUAGCCAUGACUGCGCCCUCCACGACGGGGGCUUCCACUCGCGCAAUUUACUACAACACGCCGCGACCGCUGCUACGACCCCGGCGCCGAACAAGACAAAUGCAGCAGAACAUCCGAGCGGUUCAGCACAAUUUCCUGCAGAUUUGUUUUCGGUUACAGAGCGGCGUCAAGGAGCUGUGAUAUUACACAUCACGGGUCUUGUUUAUAUGUUCGUAGCGCUAGCGAUUGUCUGUGAUGAAUUCUUUAUUCCCGCACUCGACGUUAUAACCGAGAAGCUUGCCAUCUCGGAAGACGUGGCGGGAGCAACAUUUAUGGCAGCGGGCGGGUCAGCGCCCGAGCUCUUCACUAGCGUCAUCGGCGUAUUCAUCUCCUUCGAUGACGUAGGAAUUGGUACGAUCGUAGGAUCUGCCGUCUUCAAUAUCCUGUUUGUGAUCUCGAUGUGCGCCAUCUUCUCAAAGAGCGUCCUCCAACUGACGUGGUGGCCACUCUUCCGUGACGUGUCCUUCUAUUCCAUCAUACUCAUCAUACUUAUCGUGUUCUUCCGGGACAACGUCAUUCAUUGGUGGGAAGCGCUCAUACUGCUAUCAUGUUAUGCCGCCUACGUGACCUUCAUGAAGUACAAUGCCAACGUCGAGAAGUUUGUCAAGAAGUUCACGAACCGAAACAAAGUAACGCGUGUGGGCAGCACGGAUCAACUCAUGCCUCAGGGGGAACAGAGAAAGCACUCUACGGCGACGGAGCUGCGCAACCUGCGUACUCUUCAAGGGGUGGCCCUCGGCGAGAACGCGGCUACUGCCGACGCGUCGGUCGACGCCGAAGCCGAGCUGAAGGCCACCGAAGUUGACAGAGAUGUUGAGAGAGGGAGACUUUCGCCGAACGCACGAAGACGUCGAAUGAGUGUUCCGACGAUUCACGGCGGCGGCGGGAAGUUCCGUCACGGACUCCUGCAGCUACUCAUUCACUCCAUCGACCCCCUUCACGAACACGAGGGCAAAGUUGACGAGAAGGCGUCUCAGCUGCACACGAUUGCAUCGCUGGGCGUGCUGCUCGACGCCACGGGCCCUGGCAGCUCAGGCUCUCCGACACCUACGCCACUCAACGGCAGCGCGGGCGGUGCGGGCAGCGGCGCGGGCACACGCUUAGGUUCCUCGGCCUAUAAGGACUCUACCAGGCGGACCACCCUUGACAACAACAUCGACUUCCAGGUGGGUCCCGGUGCGGGCGAGGAGAAGGCGAUGCCUCCAGUUGAGGAAUCAUUGAAGACGUCCAGCUCGCUCAACGAGGCCGCACAUCCAGACUCUGGUUACAACAGCGCUGCACAGCAAGCCGCCCAGAGGAUUCGCGAAGAAACGAUCGAGGAGGCGAUGGAAGAGGCGGCAAAGCCCUUGAGCAUUGCGUGGCCAGACACGUGGCGCGAGCGACUGAACUAUGUGGCUCUCGCGCCGAUCAUCUUUCCGCUGUGGCUCACGCUCCCCGAUGUGCGUCGAGAGGAGAAACGCAAAUACGUCGCGGGAUUGUUUCUCGGGUCAAUCAUCUGGAUUGCCGUGUUCUCGUAUCUGAUGGUGUGGUGGGCAACCGUGGUUGGAGACACUUUCGGCAUUCCUUCAGAGGUAAUGGGGCUGACGUUUCUUGCCGCCGGCACGAGUAUUCCCGAUUUGAUCACUUCGGUUCUCGUGGCCCGGAAAGGGUUCGGCGAUAUGGCUGUUUCCAGCUCAGUCGGAUCUAACAUCUUCGAUGUCGCCGUUGGCCUGCCGCUUCCGUGGUUCCUGUCGUGUUUGGUGUUCGGCCCAGUGAUUGUCAACUUCAAGGAAGCGACACCAAAGACCCAGCAGCCUCCAGGAUUGGCUGCGUGGGUCGAAAGCGGAUUCUAUCUUCUACGUUGCGCGUUAAUCUCGUACUAAUCCCGUUCAGACAUUUUAUUUUAAUAAAAAUUUCACAGAAUCAAUUCUGCUUUUAGCGUUUGUUGAUAUAGCUGCCCUGUGACAGAACAAAGAAAGCCCCUUUUUGACUACAAAAUAGAAAAACCUUUUCCGCAGUUCAUACUGAAACAAUAACCAACUCGAUUGGAUUGAAAUUGAAACUGUAGUAGCCGAACAUGCGACGUCACAUUGGGCUAGCAACGCGCGUCCAGUUAAACGAUAAUCCCGAAUUUAAAUAUGUCAGUUUAAAAUAGAUACUCUAGUAGCGCCUCCUGUUUUGUCCUCGUAAGGAUGCGAUCAUAACGUAUUCGUCUACUAAACUUGAUGGCACGUAAGACCACGUGGGCUUGAAACCGAGCGCAGACAAGGUUUGUGUUGGAAACUAGCCGUCUAAUGGCAUACGGUUACGCGAGUGGUACGGAAAACGCUUAUUUAG